GGUAGGAACUUCGUAAUGGAAGAUCGUCGCUUAAAACUCGUUGAAUUUGCCGCGUCGAGCACUCUCCUUCGCGCAAUAAGAAAGAUGGCGGUCGCGUCGCAGUGCGCAUGUACGGCUUCCAAAUGGUCGAGCAAAAACACAGCUGGUCUAUGAUCUCCGAGGCAGCUGACGGUCGAACGCUCUCGACGUGAUUUCGCGUGUGUGUUUCCGACCGAUCCGCAAAGUUCACACAGAGAUCGGUGGAAGAGUCGGAUUCGAAGAGAGCUUUCGUUAGAGGUUAACUGGGUGUUAAGUAGGAAAGGAAGACGACGUGUGCCGGAUCCGAGGAGGCAGUGAUAGUGAUACGUUUUUGUGUGAGCUUAAAUGUGUAUGAAGCUCGUACGUUCGUCUCGGUGUCGCCACGAGGGGAGGUUCGUUCUUCGUCCCUGGGAUACAAAGGAGUCGAGGAACUGGCUGCUUCUAGCGUCCCUAAGAAACGCACGAGUAAAGAUGCAUUUGCGAUUGUAACGCACAAGGGCACUUACCUCUCGAGUAAGAGAAAUUACUCGAGCGGCUCCUACCGAUAUCGCCGUAUUGUCCGCGUGAAUCGCGGCACAUUGUGUUAGUUAAACAAUGAAGGAGGCUACGUAAAGGUCAGAAGCACCAGAGCACUAUGCAGUUGAAUUCGUAAUAGUCGGACCGACUUAAAGGAAUAGGGGGAAGAGGAAUAGGAAGUGCUCGGGGAAAGUGGCGAUAGAUGAUACAAAAAAUGGCAUCCACCAGUGGACACAAGAGGAACGGCUCGAGCUCGAGCAUGUUCGCUCACAAGCGAACCGAAUCCGGAGGUGGCUUCAUCGGUCACAAACGAUCCGAAAGCGGUCACAAACGGGCCGAAAGCAUAUCCAGUGCCUUUGGCCACAAGCGUUCCGAGAGUGGCCACAAAAGGAAUGAGAGUGGUGGUGGUUUUGGCCAUAAGAGGUCCGAGUCUGGUAGCAAUUAUCACGCGGGACAUCGACGGAACGAGAGCAUGUAUGCCAUGACAGGACUGUACGCCGAAAGUGCUGGCACGGGAACCGAUGAAAACGCGGAUCCUCUGCAACCAAGCGGUAGCAGACUGACUCAUGACACCGUAAUAAGAUGUCAUAGUAGAAACCCAAGUUCCGGCCUUGUGGAUCAUAGAGACUUUAUCAUCAAAUGUCACAGCAGGAAUCCCAGUGCUUCCAUGGUGGACAGGACCGAGAAAGAAAGGGCCCAAACGCCACCGUUCAAUCCAGACUCGAAGGACUGCGGAAUUCUAAGCUGUAGGCCCGCCUUCAUCCAAAGAUUCGCCGGGAUAAAGGUGUUCGUGUUCCUCCUUUCAUUCCUCGUAACUCUACAACAAGCACUUAGUUCUGGUUAUAUCAAUUCUGUGAUCACAACUAUAGAAAAAAGGUUUGAAAUCCCGUCCAGCCUCUCGGGCCUCAUCGCCAGCUCAUACGAAAUAGGCAACGUCAUUACUGUCAUCUUCGUGAGCUAUCUCGGUAGUCGCAGACAUAUCCCUGUUUGGAUAGCCAUUGGUGCUGUUAUCAUGGGACUGGGAUCGAUGAUCUUUAUGGUACCGCAUUUUACCGCCGAGCCUAAUUUAACGACGACGUCGAACAAUUCGAGCUCCGACAAUAUUUGUCGUGGGGUGUCGUUGCGCGAACAGGACAUGGGACUCGGACGAUUGUCAUCGGGUUUAUCGUCGCCGCACAACAAUUUGAGAGGCGACAAUUGUAUACAAGGAUCUCCAUCGAACGCCGGUCCUGUUAUGCUCUUUGUGCUUGCUCAGUUAUUGCUAGGUUGCGGUGGUUCUCCUCUAUUUACUCUCGGUACCACUUAUAUAGACGAUCACGUGAGACCAGAGAGUGCUUCUUUGUACAUCGGAUGUAUGUACAGUAUGGCGGCUUUUGGACCAGUAUUAGGUUUUCUUCUUGGGGCAUAUCUCCUGUCGUUCCACAUGGACUCUUUCUCCGGGACGAUUAUUAGUAUCGAUCCCGGAGAUCAUCGAUGGGUCGGAAUGUGGUGGGGCGGAUUCUUGCUCUGCGGUUUACUACUGAUAAUGGUAGCAAUACCGUUCUUUAGUUUCCCUAAAACAUUGCAACACGAGAAGGAGAAAAUAAGGAUCAUCGAGAAAAACAAAUCCACCUCUCAGAAGGAGAAAGAGCAAUCCAAGGAACCGAAGAAGGAGAAACUGGAUGAUACUGGAUACGGUAAAGACGUGAAAGAUAUUCCGCGUAGCAUGUGGAGACUGGUUUGCAAUCCUGUAUACGUGGUGACCUGUUUGGGUGCUUGUAUGGAAUUGGUGAUCGUCUCGGGCUUCGUUGUUUUUCUACCAAAAUAUCUCGAAACGCAAUUCAGCCUGGGAAAGAGUCAGGCGAGCAUAUUUACCGGCUCGAUAGCUAUACCGGGUGCGUGCAUCGGUAUCUUCUUCGGUGGAUGUUUGUUGAAACGAUUGGAACUGAGGCCUAAAGGCGCUGUUCAGUUUGUUCUUGUCUCCAACAUAAUAUGUUUGGUUUGUUACGGUCUCUUAUUUUUCUUGGGUUGCGACAACGUGAAAAUGGCCGGGACCACUAUACCGUACUUUAACAGCAGCACGAAAGGUCCAGAACCUUUCCAAGUAAAUCUCACUGCCGCAUGCAACUUCGGUUGUGAAUGUCGAAUGACCGACGUCGAGCCGGUCUGUGGAAAUAACGGCCUGACGUACUUCAGUCCUUGUCACGCUGGAUGUACAGCCUUCAGUUCGAAAUCUAACUUUACGAAUUGCGCAUGUAAGUCGAUGGAAGAAGACACGUUCGUUACUUAUCGUCCAAAAAAAAUCUCAGGACUUGAAAUCGUCAAUGCGACGUACUAUCGACGUUUUUCCUCGUUCGCAGGUAUACACGGUAAUUUAACCAUGCUGCCACCAGCAGCGCCAGAAUUCGCGGAGGUAACCGUGGUACCGGUAGCGACUGCUGGUCCGUGUACUUCGCCCUGCAGAACGAUAUUUCCCUUUUUGAUUCUUCUAUUCUUCAUGACGUUUAUCGUGGCGGUAACCCAAAUGCCUUUGUUGAUGAUAGUUUUAAGAUCCGUAUCGGAGGAAGAACGUUCGUUCGCUCUUGGUAUGCAAUUCGUAAUCUUCAGACUGUUCGGUUAUAUACCAGCGCCUAUUCUUUUUGGUAAUUUGAUAGAUUCGACGUGUUUAUUAUGGAAAAGUACUUGCGGCGAGAAAGGCGGCCGAUGUCUCUUGUACGACAUCGAACAAUUUCGAUAUAGGUACGUUGGUCUUUGCGCUGGCAUCAAAAUCUUGGCACUAGCAUUGUUUCUGGUUGAUUGGUGGCUCGUAAGAAGGAGAAGACAAAUGGAGGAUCAAGCUCCUUCCUUCACCGUCAAUGAGUUCGUAGGAUCGAUUAUUAGUCUCGACAAAUUAUUUGAGGAAAAACCUCAUCAACAUAAUUUAGGGGAUGGCGAUGUGAAUUCACCGAGCUCGGACGGAUUAACGCCAUCCUCUGUUUCUUCGCCCACGGAGCCUACGAAGUCGACGAAUCUCGAGGAAACGGAAUCUUCAAAUCACACGCAGGAAUCGAACGAAACGGCGAAUCGUUCGAAAAACGUGAUGGACGUCGAUGUACCGGACACGAGGCAAUCAGCACCAUUUGCCACCCACGAACAGGAAGUAGAUACGAAGCCUUCGAUUGGUAAAUCAGAAAGUCGUGAUCAGAAUGUUUAAUGUUUAUUUCGGACUAGGAAUUAUAUAAAUAAAUCUAUCGAAUUGGUGAUAAGAAAAUUUGUGACAAAUUAUUAGAGAAUUCAUUGUAAAUAUAAAGUGUUCAUUGUUGAGAAGCGCGCACUAAUCUUUACAGUCAUAGAACCGAUGUAUACGACUGUCGCACUCGAUGAAUAACGAAGAAAUGUGACUUUCGGUGCUCGUGAAUAUGUUUCGAAGAGAUUGAUAUAAACGGAGUGGAACGAACUUGCAGUCAAUAUUUUUCUGUUAACGCGAUCGUCGCGCUCAGCAUGCGAUCAAACUCGAUAGAAAUAUAUAUAUAUAUAUAUAUGUGUGUGUGUAUAGAUAUAGGUAUAUAUAUAUAUAUAUCAUAUAUAUCGGAUUAGUUUUCUAUGUAUUCGUAUAUUUCACGUAAAAUGCAUACGUAGCUAUAAAAUAUUAAACUCUUGUAUUUGAAAAAAGAGUGCUGUUCAUCUUCCGUAAUAAUUUGUCACAGAUUUCAAUGAAAUGGUUUAGCUAUUAUAAGAAGAUGAUAUCAGUAAGUGUACAUUUUUAUGGCAUUGCGAUGUGUAAAUAGUUUAAUGAUAGGUUGUACGACUCGUUUAAAGAGUGCAGUUCGAGACUAUACCGUUAUUGUGUGGCUGAAUCUAUACUGUUUUUACUCUAAACGAUACAUUAUACGAAACGAUAGCACAAGAUAAGGCUAAAGAUUAAGUACACGGAGAAACGAUGCGAUUUGUCAUCGUCUUUGGUACAAGUUUCAAGAAACGAGCCUUGAUCGCGACUGCUACGUAAAACAAAAGGCCAACGCGAAGACGAAAUUGUAAAUAUAAAAAUCCUGCCUUAAGAACUACAAGACUAGACAAAACUUAAAGUUAAAUAUAAUUAACUAAGUUAACGAAACUAAUGAUCUAUAUAUUUAAACAUUAUUAUCCGCAGAUCAAGAGCUGAGAUUUAUUUUAUAACUAGAUUUUAGGCUUUCUCACAAAAAAAGUAGUCAAUUUAGAAAUAGCAAAGAUUAAAAUGACGAAAAUCAUAGUUGAAUCAAUAGGAUACAAUUGAAUGGUGUAGUAGAGUUUUAUCUUAUCCUUUCUCAUAGAUAUAUUAUACACACGGUCAUAAUCCCACGCUUUGAAAAGAGCGGCACGUGAUCUCCGAUGAUUGUUUCUUCGGCUUCUUAAGUAAAUGUAUUUUAUAGAAUCUCAAGGUAAUAUCACUUGCGGAAAAAUGGCUUUCGUGGAAAACGAAUUCUUUUUUCUUUUUUUUUUUUUUUCUUUCCCUUUCUUAUUUUUUUCUUUUCUUUUCGAUAUGAUAUUUAUCGAUACGGUAUUUUGUAGAAUGAAAGAUGCUUCCAAGCAACGAGAAUCUAUAUCAUUUUCCGAACGUAAACUCUCGAUGGAUCGAGAAUCAUCGAUCGGAUUUCAAUAUCGAUCUAUGGGACCUUACUGUCUCCGAUAAGUUUUUGGCUUCGAUGCAAUUAGCUCGCUCGUCACGAGGAUGCUACUAGUUUUGUACCUGAAAGCCUCUCGAAUCAAUUUCGAUGUAUAAAAGGUGAACAUGACGAUGAAAAUGACGAUUACGACGACGACGACGACGACGACGACGACGACGACGACGACGACGACGAUGACGACGACGAUAAUUAUGAUGAUGAUGACGAUGAUGAGGAAGGAGAAGGAAGAACAAAAAAAAAACUAGAAAGAAACUAUAUAACUCACUCAGGAAUGAAAUUCUAUAGAGAGUAAGGGCACUUUUAAUUUAAUUCAGAAUAUAACAUGAAACGGAGAAAAAAAACGAGUGUAAGAAUAUAUUAUAUAAAUAUAUAUCUCUCGAAGCCAGGAAAAAUUUUGCCUUAGCUUACGAAGGAAAGUAUGAUCAAUUGAUUUGAAGUUUUUAUUUUGGAUAUUUUCAACUUUCUUAUCCGCUCGACGUAAAUCUUUUCGCAAAAUGGAGUUACGUCAGACAAUGUUAACAAAGAGAUAGAAAAGGAAAAAGAAAAAAAUGUCAAAGAAAAAUGAUUUAACGUGCUUUUCUAUAUAGGAAACGUAGUCUCUCUCGAUGGGUAUAUUCAAAGAAAAUUCAGAACCCUGCGAUGCCGCAAAUGUAAACUUUGUGCAAACUACUUACGUUCGCGUUUUCACACGUAUAUUUAUCACACGGUAUCACUCUUGCUGUUUGGUCCGUCACUGUCAAUUUUUCAAAGUGUAGUCUACACGCUACUAUAUUUUAGAGGCAAUUUUCACGUUUGAUGUAAAACGAUUCCUCAAAGCCGACCGUUCGCAUCGUUUUUUCGAGACGGCGAUGAUCUCUCUAAUGACUACGUUAUUGCGAUGCACUUAUAUAUAAUAUAUAUAUUAUAUAUUAUAUUAUAUAUAUAUAUACCUAUAUAACUUUGUGAUAUAAAUUUCUUCCGAGCGGUAGACUUUGACGAACGCCCGUAGAUCGUAACAAAGAAGUGCUGUGAAUAGAGGAAGAGAAAGAGAAAGAAGAAGAAGAAGAGGAAGGAGAAGAAAAAAAAAAAACGAAAGAAAAUCUAAGUACAUAUACAUAAAUAAAUGGCAAAUCAAACUCAGUUCAACUUACACGUCGAAGAGAACGGAGAAGCAACCUCUCCACUUCGGACACUUGCAAUUGUACAUAAAAUUAUAGUUAGAGAAAGAGAGAGAGAAAGAGAUAGAUUAAAUACCGUGCGAUUCGAGCCAUUUUUGCGUGUUCGAAGUCGCGGUCGUGUUGCCGCUUCGAUGUUUCUUUCAUUUUAAUUCCAGAAUGAAGAUGCAUCGAACCGAUUUUACACGGCUGGCACGAUAUAAUAAGUAUAACGACUCUUGCGUUACUUAAGUACUUUUGUAAGAAUUUUAUUUUUGAAUGAUUAUUUUUUAAUUAUCUCCCAGUAUAUUUGUCUAUCUUUUUACUUUGUUCUCUCUUCUCACGACGACACGUAGUUCGUUAUGUUUUUUCGUCGAUCGUAUUAACGUGAAACGUUCUAAUCGAAUGAUUGUCUUUUAAUUAAUCUCCUGUUAACGUCAAUAUACACCCAUACUAUCGACAGAAUAACUGCGAUAACUAUUAAUACCGAUACUACUCGCUAAAAUUAGUACUACUACUACUACUACUACUACUACUACUACUACUACUACUACUACUACUACUACUAUUACUAUUAUUAUUACUACUAUUACUACUACUAUUACGAUUACUCUUAUCGCUAUUAUAUUGUUAUAUAUUUAAUUACUAUGAUGAUUAUGAUUUUAGUCUUGAAUUUUCUUGUCACGAGACCGUAGUGCGUACGUAACAUUCCCAAGCGCGGCAGUAAUCUGGAUUGAAAAUAUUAAAUAGCAAAAGAAAAAUAAAUACGAUCAAGUAUUAGAUAGGGUUUACUAUAGUGAUAAAAUUUAAAUCUAAAAAUGUUAUGUUAUAAUGUAUAUAUAAAUAUAUAUAUAUAUAUAUAUAUAUGUAUGUAUACCGUACAUGUAUGUAUGUUUAUAUAUAUAUAUAUACAUCAUAUAUAUGUAUGGUUAUCGUCACAAUGUAAACUGCUUAUAGAUGUAAUGUAUUUUUUGUAGGGACCAUAAAUAUAAGCAGAAACAAUAUACAUAUAUAACAAGUUUCAAUCGGUACCGAAAGUGCGGAGAGAGCAGGCACGAUAAAGUAUGUCAAAUUCGUGAAAGCAAUACAUGCGUGGCACGAGAAGUUCCUGGAAAUAAUCGAUUUGAUGUUCGCGUAUAUAAAUAUAUACGUUCGUAUAAAAACGUAUACAUAUUGACAAAAAAAAAAAAAAAUUAAAAAACUAAUAAUAAAAAAAAUAUAUUUAUAUUCGUGUAUAUAUCACAUGAUGAUAUAUAACGUUAAUCGUAUUAAAUGUUAACGAUAGAGAGAGAGAGAGAGAGAGAGAGAGAGAGACGGAGAAAUAGAAUACCAUAAAAAAUACGGAAUUCUUUUCUCUUCUUGUGCGGAACUAUGCACGCUAAUGCGUUUUAUUUUGUUGAAUGAAAAAUAUCAUAUUUAAGGUAUGAAAAUAAAUGAAAUAUAACGCGCUACACCGAUCUUCUAGGAACUUCUCCGCGGGAGCAACAAUUAAUUAAUUAAAGAACGAGAUUACGGAUCGCAAAGGAAAACGGACAAAAAAUGAGAGAAACGGAAGGAAAUUAAAAAUAAAUCAAGGAUGCCGAUAGUUUCCAUUGAUGAAAGAAGUUUUAUCGGACUUCGUUGCGUUAUGCAUCCUUUCGGUGAUAAAUUGAAAAAUAAAUCAGUGCACCUCUUAUGAUCGUAAUCGCGUUACUGGAAGUAUGCCUUAAACUGCAAUGGAGUUAAAGAAAUAUGGGAUAGUAAAGAAAAAUGAAGAUAAAUCUAUGCGUAGACAGGAAUAUACAUUACAUAAAUUUUAAUUGUGAUCGCGAACGACUACGAACGUCGUCGAGCGUGUUUCCUACUACGUAUUUUGCGUGGUCUCGUAAAAAAACAAUGCUGGAUUUCAAUGGAAAGCUUUCCUACCAUAUCAAAAUCUUCAGUUUUUAACAAUGGAAAUUGAUAAUCUCGCGUGUUACGUAAUAUCUACGUUUAGGGAAAAUAAUAGAAGUAAGUCUUCUAUUGAAGUUCAAUGAAACGUUACAAAUGGAUUUCAGUCUAUCGAAUUUCGUUGUAGAAUUAUUAUUAUCAUUAUUAUUAUUACUAUUAUUAUUAUUAUUAUUAUUAUUAUUAUUAUUAUUAUUAUUAUUAUUAUUAUUAAAUAGAUAUAUCAAUAACUAUCUCGCGAUAAGGAGGAUCGUUAAAUGAAUCGAAAAAUGAAUUUAUAAAAACGAUCCAACACGAUUCGAAUUUAAGUUACGUGUAGUAUCAAUUCUGAACACUCGAAGCUCUUCUGCGGUUUCAUUAAAGUACACCAGAACAAUCUCGAAUUCGUUUCUUAUCAUUGCAAUCCAAUUUGCAAAGGAUGGUCGAUUGCCUUAUAAUUACUUUCUCUCUUCUUAUUAUCAAUGAAUCCUUUUAAGAUCAACUAUUUCAUUUUUGCCAUGCUAUAUAUAUACAAAAAUUAUGGAUGCAUUGUUAAGUACAUUAAGAGAUAAUAAUCGCAAUGGUCGAGAUUGCCUUCUACUCAAUUUUAUUUAAACCUUAAUUUUUCAAAAAGAGAUAAGGCACAAACAAAUAAUGUAUUUACAAUGAAUAAAUGUUUUGAAAACUGUUA